UCUCCCCCAAUUUGUUUCUCAAGACAAUACAGUCGAAAGAGCCAAAUACAGUCCCUUAAAAACCCUAAAUCGUUCUCUCUACCCCAGUUCUUCAAAUUCAACAAGAAAUCAUGCCUGUCAAAUGGCUAUUGUAUUGGCAACCAAAUGCAGGAAUCACAGUGAAUACUCAAAUCCUAACAGAAAUAUCACAAUGUGUUGAAAGUAGUAUUAAUGGUGUUAAAGGUGGAAGAUGGAAAUCAACACUCAUAUUCUACAGACCAAUCACCAGAGAUCAGAGUUCACAGAAUGAUUAUCCGAAAGAUUUAUUGGGUGUUUCAUUACCAGAACAACCUGAUAAGUAUUACUUUGUAUUGCGUUCUCAUAGGCUUGUCUUUGAAGCUGAUUCUAAUAUUCAGUCCAUUAUGGAGAAAGCUCAGUCUUAUAAAGCUAGGAUUGCACUUACAUUCGAGGGGUUUCAGUAUCAGCUCGGUGAUUUCCAAUUAAAGGUAGGAAAAGUUGCACUUACUGCUCAUGCAGAAAAUCUGAGGGGAAUUGCUAUGGAGGUGGAGUAUCUUCCCCUUUCGUCGCUUGACAAAUCCAAACAAGUCAUGGAAGAUUUUGUCGAUAUAUUGCAAGAAAUUGUUUCGUCGAGAUCAUUACCAGGUCACUUUACACAUAUCGAACCAAACUUUUCGGAAUACGGCCUCACAGAUCAUUACAGUUCUCAACACACCUCACUUCAAUAUGCUACUGUAAUGACUCAACUGCUAACUACACUAAGAAACUAGUAGCGUGUAAACUGAACUUGCAUUAUCCUAUUGAUGCAUCCGUUUCAAAUGGGGAAUGUGAUUUGAUCUCUAUUGUCAAUGUCAUGUUGCAUAUUUAUAGAAUGUAAUGGAAUAUAGCACAAUCUCUAUCUGACAAUUUCUUUAAAAAUUUAAAAUUUUACGUCGCAUGUUUAA